AGCAUGCGCGAACUUGCUACACAACACAAUUUCCGCUUUGCUUGCGUUCUUCUUCCUUUCCGUUUCCGACCAGGUAAAGCGUGGUGGCUUGCUGGUUAGUUUAUGUCUGAUGCGUAAAAAGUUGUAAAAGGAACGCGAGAUGUCGUUAUCAACGGCGCGACCGCUUGUUACAGUAUAUACCGAUAAGAAUGAGUCUUCGGGGGAGACUAUUUCUUUGCCUGCUGUUUUCAAAGCACCGAUUCGGCCAGACAUUGUGAAUUUCAUUCACCAACAAGUAUCCAAAAACAGUAGGCAGCCGUAUUGCGUAUCCAAGGAGGCUGGUCACCAAACAUCCGCUGAAUCAUGGGGUACAGGACGCGCGGUGGCACGUAUCCCUCGUGUACGCGGUGGCGGUACUCACCGCUCCGGUCAAGGUGCAUUUGGUAAUAUGUGUAGAGGAGGACGCAUGUUUGCUCCGACAAAGCCAUGGCGACGCUGGCAUCGUAAAAUUAACGUUAACCAGAAAAGAUACGCUCUAGUUUCUGCUAUUGCGGCAUCCGGAGUUCCAGCCCUCGUACAAUCUAAAGGUCACAUGAUCCAAGAAGUUCCGGAAUUUCCUUUGGUAGUAUCGGAUAAAAUUCAAGAAUAUAACAAAACCAAACAUGCUGUUAUAUUUUUACGACGUAUCAAGGCAUGGAACGAUAUUCAAAAGGUAUACAAAUCGCAACGUUUUCGUGCAGGUAAAGGUAAAAUGCGUAAUCGUAGGCGCAUUCAACGCCGAGGGCCUUUGAUCGUGUAUGGUCAAGACCAGGGCAUUCGUAAGGCCUUCCGUAACAUUCCCGGUGUUGAUCUUAUGAACAUCAACAAAGUGAAUCUUCUCAAGUUGGCACCUGGUGGUCAUGUGGGUCGAUUCGUAAUCUGGACUAAAUCUGCUUUUGAAAAGUUGGAUGCUCUUUAUGGAACCUGGCGCAAGGAUUCGCAACUUAAAGCUGAUUACAACUUGCCAUUCCCAAAGAUGGCCAACACGGAUUUGUCGAGACUUUUAAAAGCCGAUGAAAUUCGCAAAGUUUUAAGAUCACCGAGAAAGAGGGUAGUCCGUAGCGUCAAGAAGCUGAACCCGUUGUCCAACACUCGCGCAAUGUUGCGUCUGAACCCGUACGCUGCUGUACUGAAACGUGCUGCAAUUUUGACCGCGAAGAAACGUCAGCAAGAGAGGGAGAUUCUUUUAGCCGAGAAACGUGGAGUCAAGCUACCAAAGACUGCACCAGCUGUAAAGUCCAAGUUGCUGCAGGAAAGACGCAGAAAACAGAUCGUGGCUGUGAAAGCAGCCAAACCCAAGAAGGUGACAACUGCGAAAAAGGCAGCCACUGUUGCUGCUAAACCAGCAAAAACGACCAAGACAACCGAAAAAGCUGAAAAACCAGCAACACCUAAAACCGUGCCCGCCAAGAAGUAAAAAGUUUUUAUCAACAACAAAGUCGACUCGCAAGCUUUAUUUGUUUUGAAUAAAGAAAUGGGAAGACAAGUA